AUGCUCCAAGUUGGACAGGAAUGUGACUCAUUCUUCAGUGGACCACCAUCUUGGCAACCAAAAAAAUAUUUGGACGUCUUAAAUCUUUUGGGACUGCCCAGCACGUUAAAGUUUUUCAGACACAGAGGUGCUCCUUUUCAAUCCAUUACAGGAUUCGGUGACAUUCAUUGCAAUGGUCCUAUCAUUCAAAUCUAUCAAACAAACAUUCCUGCUGCUGCAAUGUUUCAAGGUUGUGCUACUAAUUUAAUCAACGGAUUCAACCUGGAUCAUUGGCUUUUAGAG